GCAUGGUAAGAGUCUUUCACAGAAUCACACGCCACCUCCGUCUUUCUUCUUAGACAAUCUACUCGACUCAAUCAGCUGGUUUCCUUGCUUCUCUCUAUUGAUCGGCGAGAUUCAAUCAGCCAUGGCCGCACUGGAAUAUUUGGAUUCGCUUCGCAAUGCCCACCCCGAACUUUCCGACUGGUGCACCACCCUUGGAGAUCUGUACCAGCAAAAGCUCUGGCAUCAGCUCACGCUCAAGCUCGAACAGUUCGUUACUCUCAACAUCUUUCAGGUGGGAGAUGCACUGAUACAGCUUUAUCAUAAGUUUAUCGCAGACUUCGAGACAAAGAUUAAUCUUCUCAAGCUAGCUCAUUUUGCUGUCAUUGUUUCUCGUCGGUACACAGGGACAGAAGCAGCCAUUAGUUAUCUCGAAGUUGUGAUCGCAAAACUUCAUAAUACUAAAGAGAUGCGCAUAGAGGAACCAGUGCUGUAUAUUAAGAUGCAAAUUGCUUUACUGAAACUUGAGCAAGGGGAUCACAAAACCAGUAACAAACUUUUAGAAACUGGAAAGAGUACACUUGAUAGCAUGACCGACAUUGAUCCAUCUGUGUAUGCAAGUUAUUAUUGGGUGUCAUCUCAGUAUCACAAACGUCAACAAGAAUUUGCAGGGUUUUAUAGAAGUGCUCUCCUCUAUCUCGCUUACACUUCAGUAGAGUCUCUUUCAGAAUCAUUUAAGCUGGAUUUGGCAAUUGAUCUGUCUCUAUCAGCUUUGCUUGGAGAAAACAUAUACAACUUUGGAGAGUUGCUAGCACAUCCAAUUAUAAAGAGCCUUGUAGGGACAAAGGAUGAGUGGCUCUACUCUACUCUUGAAGCAUUCAACACUGGUGAUUUGGCUCGCUAUCAAGAACUGUGUCAUGUCCAUCAAGCUGCUUUGUCUGCCCAACCUGCACUGGUUCAUAACCACAAACGCCUUCUGGAAAAGAUUAAUGUUCUCUGUUUAAUGGAAACUGUUUUUAGACGUCCAUCUGAAGACAGAAUUAUCCCAUUCAGUAUCAUUGCAGAGCGCACUCAUUUGCCUGUAGAAGAUGUGGAGCAUCUAGUUAUGAAGGGUCUUGCUGUGCAUCUGAUAGAGGGAGUAAUUGAUGAAGUGGAAGGGAGUGUUUAUGUUUCCUGGGUACAACCAAGAGUUGUGGGCAUUCCUCAAGUAAAAUCAUUAAGGGAUCGCACGGACGAUUGGCUCGAGAAAGUGCACCAUGCCUUGUUAUCUCUGGAGGCCGAAACUCCUGACCUACUAGCUGCUGCAUAAUAAUGCAUUUGUGCUCUUGACUUCCCAGCAAAGACACAUGAUAUUCACAUUCUAUGGUUCCCUUUUCCCCAUUAUUUUGUUUCUAAAGAUAUUACAUGAUAUCAAAAUGUAACGAUUUAGAUGGGAAUAUCUUCUAAGGAAAAAUUGAAAUUACAAGUCUCGUUUUAUCGGUUUUCUAAAACAGUCUUACCUAAUGGUAAUUGAAAAUAAUCUGACCGUCAGCAC